AUGACCGCCGCGGUCGCUCCCGGCCCGACCCGUUCUGGGAUUCCGUGCUCGGGGCGCACGACCCAGCCCGUGUCACCCCUACACGAAGCGCUGCCGAGCACUUGCGCAUCAACGAAACCGAGACGUGUCCGGGCCCUUCCUACGCGGAUAUUUUGCCGCUCCUCGUCCCUCCCGCUGCGCCCUUUCCCUGCCCGCAAGCAACUCCGAACGGGAAGGGACGCGCUUGGACCCGCCCAGCUCCCCGGGAACGCCGCACAGCCACCUUUGCCCGUCGCCCUCGGGACGGCGGGAGCCGGAGGAGGGGGCGGCAGCCCUGGCCGGGGAUUUGUUUUGUGUUUUUCUCUUCCCCCCUUACAGAAAGGCUCCUCGCUAGUUGCUCCAGUCCACAUUGUCAGUGAAGAGUCAGGUGACAAGACUAACUUGGGCUUUAUUCAUGCCUUUGUGGCUGCUAUUUCGGUCAUCAUCGUGUCGGAACUGGGGGACAAGACCUUCUUCAUCGCGGCCAUCAUGGCCAUGCGCUACAACCGCCUGACUGUACUGGCUGGUGCUAUGCUUGCCCUGGGACUGAUGACGUGUUUAUCAGUUUUGUUUGGCUAUGCCACCACGGUUAUUCCUCGUGUGUACACAUACUAUGUGUCAACAGCACUGUUUGCAAUCUUUGGCAUCCGAAUGCUUCGGGAAGGCUUGAAAAUGAGUCCAGAUGAGGGUCAGGAAGAGCUGGAGGAAGUUCAAGCAGAAAUUAAAAAAAAAGAUGAGGAACUUCAGAGAACUAAACUGUUAAAUGGACCAGGAGAUGUGGAAUCUGGGCCAGGCACCACUAUACCUCAGAAGAAGUGGCUACACUUUAUUUCGCCAAUCUUUGUUCAAGCUUUUACUUUAACAUUUUUAGCAGAAUGGGGCGAUCGUUCCCAGUUAACAACCAUAGUCUUGGCUGCCAGAGAGGACCCCUAUGGUGUGGCAGUAGGAGGAACAGUGGGACAUUGCCUAUGCACUGGUUUAGCAGUUAUUGGAGGGAGAAUGAUAGCACAAAAAAUUUCUGUUAGGACUGUGACAAUCAUAGGAGGCAUUGUCUUCUUAGCAUUUGCAUUUUCUGCACUAUUUAUAAGUCCAGACUCUGGUUUUUAAAAUUUUUCAUUGCUGUAAAGGAACAAGGAUUGGAAGCAUCAAGCAGCUAUCCUUGUGCAUUUUUGUAUAUAAUGUACAGAAUUCUAGUUAAACAAGUGCUGAAGAUGAGACACUGAACUUUUUAUAGCGGAUGAUUCAUGGGACUGAUGCAUUUAUGGAUGCAGUGGAGAUCUGCUUAUUGUCUGGUUUUUUUGUGCUGUGGUGCCUGCUCCCAUGGUGGGAUUUGAGUGGUUUUCUCACUUGCUGGACCUGGCUCAGCUGAGUUCAAGGAUCUACUCUCCAAAGUACUGAGAAUUCCUCUUCCUCCAACACACAGAACCACCUUUCCUGUUUUUUCAAGAGCUCAUUCUUCAGGACUCUUGAGGCAGACUGUGUUAAGGAGAAAACUGCUGGCUCCCACCUCCAAAGAUGGUGGUUCCAUGGUGCACCUGAGGCUGGAUAAUCUAAGCAACAAGGAACUGGGAGCAGUUCCUAUGCCAUCCAGUGGCUGAGCCAACCAACAGAGAAUGUCAUAAACUUAAUUUAGAGGGAAAACUUCUUAAUCAGGGAUUUUUAUCAGGAAAUUGAUGUGGGGUGAUUAACAACCUACUGUGUUCAAUAUGCAAUCUGGCUGGAGCUAGUAUUAUUUGAAUUUUUUUUAUUUUUUUUUUUUAUUAAAUAUUAAUGUAUGCAGAAAGUAAUGAAGUGGUCCAACUUAACCAUGUUCUGUUCCCAGGACUGAGCACUAAUGGAAUUCUUAGGUUUAGAUAUAUUCCUGAUUUUUCUUUUUAGGAAUAGAAAUGUAAUCUGGAAGAGUAUUAAUAAAACAUAGUGUCUCCAUU